ACAAUAAAUUCCUUAAUAAGAUGAUUAUAUUACUGAAACAUCAAAACAAACAUGAGUACAGUUUUAUACGUCUUUAAUUCGGAGAAAAUCUGUUAUUUCCGCGCACUUACUGCACCGGUGCCAGGAACAAUGUACGCGUCUCGAAUCAUUGUGAAAAGGAUGAUGAUAUACCGACAGUAUCUCUAAUUAAUAUCUGACGAGGAAAAUGUAGGUAUAGUCAACCCAACUCCGAGCGCCAACGUAAAUAAUAAUGCAUAACUCAAAAUCUGUGCGGUAUUAGGCACAGGUACACGCUUUGUUGAUAUGUUAGUCUAACAAUGAUUUCGUUAGCUACGCUCAGUUAAAAAUGAAAACUGCUGAAAUGGAAUAACGCUGAGAAAAAAAAAUCUACAAUUUAUGAUGGAGAACGUCACGUAUGCAGAUGACGUCAACAUGACGGCAGUGACGUUCCUGUCAACGGACUACGUUCUCCAUAGGGCGAUACAGCCGGUGUUUCUGGUCGGACGUUACGUUUACCUCGUGUGGUUUUCUGUCGGAUUCGUCGGGAACAUCGCGUCCGCUGUAAUUUGGAACGCUUCACAUAUGUACGACGUGUGUUCAUCCGCUCAUUAUCUCGUCACCAUCUCGAUAUGCGACUUCCUGUGCCAGUUUCUGUAUUUCUUUUAUUAUCUUAAACAGUUUUGGAAUGUGGAGAAUCUAAGCAACCCUGAUUUGUGUUUGGUGUGGAGUAUUCUGUACAUGAUACCGCUUUAUAUCAGUGAGCUGCUUUUACUGGGGUUGACCAUAGAGAAGCUAAUAUCCCUCCGCAAUCCUUUCCGGAGCGGCUGGUUCUCCAGGCACCAGCGCGCACCCAAGGAGAUUGUGUGGAUUGUGGUUUCAGUUACGGUGCUGUCUCUACCUAACGCAUACAUAGCGAAAAUAGACAACAGGGGUUACUGUGUGGACAUACGGACGGACGAAGGCAUGCAAUUUCCCAUUUGGAACUGGGUUGUGGAUAUCUUCAUUUACACUGUUAUCCCCAUUUCUGUGAUCAUUAUAAACGUAUUAAUCAUUCGCGAAGCCAAGCAUUCCAUCAUCGGUGUUAUUCCCAAACACAGACUAACUACGCACGCCAGCAUCAACGUCACAAAGACGUUACGUCAGUCGACUAUUGUCAUACUACGCCUGUCGUUUUUUAGGGUGAUUACGUUAUUGCCGGAGACGUUAGUGCACUACAUGUUUUUCCUAAAGCCGUUUGACCCGCAUCUCCUUCCGGAAGUGAAGACCCUGGAUGAGGCGCUCGGAAGCGUCCCCUGGCGACGCUACAUUCACCUGUCGGCCGUCAAGUACGUCGUGGAGAUGGUCUCCAACUCUCGACAUGCCGUCGGUAUCCUCAUCUUCGUGUUGACGUGCCGACAUUUUAAACGUGAACUCAAUGCUUGGAUUAGCUAUUUUAACAGGAUCAUGUAUGCGUGUGUGUACUCUCUAUAUGUGUCCCUCAAGGACAAAAUUGCCCCCACGCCAGAGGAGAAUAACGCAUAUAAAUUCUGAUUAUGCAAAGUGAUUUGUUGCCAUUUGAAUGAACUGUCAAAUGCAUGCAUGUCUAGCAAUGAAUAUAACAUGUAAAGUUUUUAAUAAAUACAACUAUAACAUGUACAUUUAUAACUGCGACGC